UAGAAGCUGGUAGACAUCGCUGUAUUGGAGCGGGAACCGUUCAUUUUGAACGGUUUGGUCCUGGCCGGGCGGAUCCAUCAAAAGCGGUCAUUGGACCAGCACGUAGCAAAUCGAAACAACCACAACAACUCGGAUCCACAGCAUCUUAUCUUAUCUUAUCUUGCAUUGGAUUAGACUGCUUCCUGCUCUGACUUAUAAAUUGGACCUGUUUGUCUCUCUGAGUAAACAAAACAAAAGCAACGAUAUACUACAAUACACCAUGUUCUUUCGAAAAUUAGCACUUGCCGCAUUGGCACUCACGGCCAACCUCGGUGUCUCCUUUGCGGAGGAAGAGGAGUCCAAAAUGGGGACCGUAAUUGGAAUUGAUUUGGGAACCACAUACUCUUGUGUUGGUGUCUUUAAGAAUGGACGUGUCGAAAUUAUUGCCAACGACCAGGGUAACCGUAUUACUCCAUCCUACGUGGCCUUUAUGGAAAAUGGAGAGCGUUUGGUCGGUGAUGCCGCCAAGAAUCAAGCCACCAUCAACCCCGAAAGCACCGUCUUUGAUGUCAAGCGUCUGAUUGGACGUAACUUUGGAGACAAGUCUGUUCAGGCCGAUAAGAAACUAGUGCCCUACAAGAUUGUCUCGGACAAGGACAAGCCCAUGAUUGAGGUCACACAGGCAGGAAAAACUGUCAAGUACGCCCCGGAAGAAGUCUCCGCCAUGGUCUUGCAGAAAAUGAAGUUGACUGCCGAAACAUUUUUGGGAAAAGAAAUUGGAAACGCUGUCGUUACCGUUCCUGCCUAUUUCAAUGAUGCCCAACGUCAAGCUACCAAGGAUGCCGGAACCAUUGCCGGACUCAAGGUCGAACGUAUUAUCAACGAACCCACAGCAGCUGCCAUUGCCUACGGAAUGGACAAAACGGGAGGAGAAUCCAAUGUCUUGGUCUUUGAUUUGGGUGGUGGUACUUUUGAUGUCACUCUACUCACCAUUGAUAAUGGAGUCUUUGAGGUCUUGGCCACCAACGGAGAUACUCACUUGGGAGGUGAGGAUUUCGAUCAACGUGUCAUGCAGUACUUUAUCAAGAUGAUGAAAAAGAAGAACUCGGUCGAUAUUAGUGGAGACAAGAAGGCUCUGCAAAAGCUUCGUAAGGAAGUCGAACGUGUCAAGCGUGCGCUUUCUGCCCAACAACAGGCUCGUCUCGAAAUUGAGGAUUUGGCUGAAGGAUUUGAUCUUUCCGAAACUCUCACUCGUGCCCGUUUCGAGGAACUCAAUAACGAUCUAUUCAAGAAGACCAUGGGACCCGUUGCACGUGUCUUGGAAGAUUCCGAUUUGUCCAAGAGCGAAGUUGACGAAAUUGUCCUUGUAGGAGGAUCCACUCGUAUUCCCAAGGUUCAGCAACUCAUUUCCGAAUACUUUGGAGGAAAGGAACCAUCCAAGGGUAUCAACCCCGAUGAAGCCGUUGCCUUUGGAGCUGCCGUUCAGGGAGGAAUUCUUUCCGGAGAGGGAGGUGAUGCCACUAGUGAAAUUCUGUUGUUGGAUGUUACCCCCUUGUCCCAAGGUAUUGAGACUGUUGGAGGAGUCAUGACCAAGCUCAUCAACCGUGGUACCACCAUCCCCACCAAGAAGUCUCAAACAUUUUCCACCCACCAAGAUAACCAAAGUGUUGUGUUGAUCCAAGUCUUUGAGGGAGAACGUUCCAUGACCAAGGAUAACCACUUGCUCGGAAAGUUCGAGUUGACUGGAAUCCCACCUGCUCCUCGUGGAGUCCCUCAAAUUGAGGUCACCUUUGACGUUGAUGCCAACGGUAUUUUGCAAGUGUCUGCUGAGGAUAAGGGAACUGGAAAGGCAGAAAAGAUCACCAUCACUGCUGAGAAGGGACGUCUCAGUGAAGAAGAAAUCGAGAGAAUGGUUCGCGAGGCUGAGGAAUUCGCCGAGGAGGACAAGAAGGUCAAGGAUCGUAUCGAUGCCCGAAACGGACUCGAAUCAUACCUGUACAACCUCAAGAACACUUUGGAUGAUGACGAGAAGGGUCUUGCUGACCAACUGUCUGCUGAAGACAAGAAGGAGCUUACCGACAUGAUUGACGAGACUUUGGACUGGAUGGACGAAAACCCAGAAGCUGACAAGGAAGACUACGACGAGAAGCUGAAGGAAGUGGAGAAUGUUGCCAACCCCAUUAUGCGAAACCUCUACGCUGGCGGUGAAGGAGGCGGCGGCGGAGGUGCUGAUGCCGACGACUUUGGUGAUGAUGAAUUGUAAGCAGGAUGCAGACAAACAAAAAACAAAAUACACACAAAAACCAUAAAAAAUUAGUCUGUAUUGUAGACUCUUCUUGUG